AUGUAUCAGUGGCGGAAGUUCGAGUUUUUCGAGGAAAAGUACGGUGCCAAGUGCUUGACUCCCGAGGGCGACGAUGGAGGUGACGUCGUCGGGGAGAAGAAGAUCGAGUGCUGCUCCAGCGGUAGGGGCAAAGUCGUCACCGGCUUCGACGACGGCGUCGUUUGCUUCUUCGAUCGAGGCUUAAAGUUCAAUUACGCUUUCCAACCUCAUUCCUCUAACGUUCGCUUUCUUCAGCAACUCAAGCAACGCAAUUUUCUGGUAACAAUUGGAGAGGAUGAACAGCUUACUCCCCAGCAAUCAGCUUUGUGCCUCAAGGUUUUUGACCUUGACAAGAUGCAACCAGAGAGUUCAAGCACAGCGAGUCCUGAUUGUGUCGGGAUAUUGCGGAUAUUCACUAAUCAGUUUCCUGAGGCAAAGAUUACAUCUUUUUUGGUUUUGGAAGAAGUGCCACCUAUACUGCUCAUAGCUAUUGGAUUGGACAAUGGUUCUAUUUACUGCAUCAAAGGAGACAUUGCCCGGGAGCGUAUCACACGUUUCAAGCUUCAGGUUGAAAACAACCAUUCAGACAAAACACUUUCUGCUGUCACUGGACUUGGGUUUAGGGUGGAUGGUCAAUCUCUACAGUUAUUUGCUGUGACUCCAAGUUCAGUGAGCUUGUUUUCGUUGCAUAAUCAACCACCGCGAAGGCAAACCCUUGAUCAGAUUGGAUGUGGUGUAAACGGUGUUGCAAUGAGUGAACGCUCUGAGUUGAUAAUUGGUCGACCAGAGGCAGUAUAUUUUUAUGAAGUUGAUGGGCGUGGUCCUUGUUGGGCUUUUGAGGGAGAGAAGAAGUUGCUUGGAUGGUUUCGUGGAUACCUUUUAUGUGUUAUUGCAGAUCAAAGAAUAGGAAAACAUACUUUCAACAUCUAUGACCUCAAGAAUCGAUUAAUAGCCCACAGUGCAUUGGUUAAAGAAGUUUCUCAUAUGCUUUAUGAAUGGGGUAACAUCAUACUCAUAAUGAAUGACAAAUCAGCUUUAUGUAUUGGAGAAAAGGAUAUGGAAAGCAAGUUAGACAUGUUAUUCAAGAAAAACCUAUAUUCUGUAGCCAUUAAUCUUGUACAGACUCAACAAGCAGAUGCUGCAGCUACUGCUGAAGUGCUAAGGAAAUAUGGGGAUCAUCUAUAUAGCAAGCAAGACUAUGAUGAAGCAAUGGCCCAGUACAUUCUUACUAUUGGUCACCUUGAACCUUCUUAUGUUAUACAGAAGUUUUUGGAUGCUCAAAGAAUCUAUAACCUCACAAAUUACUUAGAGAAGCUACAUGAGAAGGGUCUUGCUUCUAAAGAUCACACCACACUUCUAUUAAACUGUUACACCAAAUUGAAAGAUGUUGAAAAGUUAAAUCUAUUUAUUAAAAGUGACGAUAGCAUUGGGGAACUUAAAUUUGAUGUGGAAACAGCAAUCAGGGUUUGCCGUGCUGCCAAUUACCAUGAGCAUGCAAUGUAUGUUGCAAAGAAGGCAGGGAGGCAUGAAUGGUACUUGAAGAUCUUGCUUGAAGAUCUGGGUAGCUAUGAAGAAGCCUUGGAAUAUAUUUCGAGUCUUGAAUCAAGUCAGGCAGGGAUGACAGUAACGGAGUAUGGGAAAAUUUUGAUAGAGCACAAGCCAGCAGAGACAAUUCAGAUUCUCAUAAGGCUUUGCACGGAAGAUGGUGACAAAAGAGGACGACGCCCAAAGGGAGUGUAUAUGUCUAUGUUGCCAUCUCCUGUUGAUUUUCUUAGCAUUUUCAUUCAUCAUCCUCAGUCCCUUAUGGAUUUUCUAGAAAAGUAUACGAGUAAAGUUAACGACUCACCUGCUCAAGUUGAGAUUCAUAAUACCCUCUUAGAGUUGUAUAUAUCCAAUGAAUUGAAUUUUCCUUCGAUGUCACAAGUUAAUGAUGGUAUAAAUGACCUUAAUGGAGUAUCAGCAAAAACUAUGAGUGCUCAGUCUAAUGGAAGCAUUGCUGAUCACGAAAGUUCUGAACAGGGAAAGGACCGUCUCGAAAGGCGUAAAAAGGGUUUACACUUGCUUAAGAGUGCAUGGCCCCCAGAGACAGAACAUCCACUAUAUGAUGUUGAUUUAGCAAUUAUACUAUGUGAAAUGAAUGCAUUCAAAGAUGGGCUUUUGUAUUUAUAUGAAAAGAUGAAACUCUAUAAAGAAGUGAUUGCAUGCUAUAUGCAGGCACAUGAUCACGAGGGGUUAAUUGCAUGCUGCAAAAGGCUGGGGGAUUCAGUUAAAGGAGGGGACCCAUCUCUUUGGGCUGAUGUACUUAAAUAUUUUGGUGAGCUUGGAGAAGAUUGUUCUAAAGAAGUAAAAGAAGUUCUGACCUAUAUUGACAGGGAUGAUAUUUUGCCCCCUAUAAUUGUGCUUCAAACUCUCUCCCGAAAUCCAUGCCUCACACUUUCCGUGAUCAAAGAUUACAUUGCUCGAAAGCUUGAGCGGGAAUCAAAGAUGAUUGAGGAGGACCGACAAGCUAUUGAGAAAUAUCAGGAAGAUACACUGUCAAUGAGAAAAGAGAUUCAAGAUCUUAGGACAAAUGCUAGAAUUUUUCAGCUUAGCAAGUGCACUGCAUGCACCUUCACCCUUGAUCUGCCAGCUGUGCACUUUAUGUGCAUGCAUUCAUUCCACCUGCGCUGCCUUGGCGAUAAUGAAAAAGAAUGCCCUGAAUGUGCUCCUGAAUAUAGGUCUGUCUUGGAAAUGAAAAGAAAUUUAGAGCAAAAUUCUAAGGAUCAGGACAGAUUUUUCCACCAGGUGAAGAGCUCUAAAGAUGGGUUUUCUGUCAUUGCUGAAUAUUUUGGAAAAGGGAUCAUCAGCAAAAUAAGUAAUGGAUCCAAUUCUGAACCCAGAUCCGGAACUGCAUCAUCCACUAGUGGUUUUUAA